AUGGGAGACCCCUUCAACGCCAUCAGUCACGGCGCUCUGCGUAGCAUCACUGGGGGCCAACAUGUCGACAGCCCCAUCCUGCAGUGCGUUCAGAUCAAGCCCAUGGCUCAAGGGCAAAAUGGGACAGAGCGAUGGCGAGUGGUCUUCAACGAUACCGUCAACUUCAUCCAGGGCAUGAUUGCACAGCAAUCAAACUACCUCAUCAACGAGAACCGCCUGAAGAAGGGUAGCAUUUGCCGCCUCACCCAAUACACCGCAAACUUCGUCAAAGACAAGCACAUCCUGAUCAUCGUCGAGCUGGACGUAUUGGAAGAGUAUGGAGAGCCGGACAAGCUUGGUCAGCCGGUGGCGCUCGAAAGCCCAAAGCCAGAAGCCCAGCAAGACGUGAAGCCACAGCCUGGAAACAUCGCAGGAAACAACUUCUACGGCAACAAGCCUCAGCAACAACAGCAGCAGAGAGCUUUGCCAUCACGACCGAACGGUGCUUCGAACAGCGGCAUGCAGGCCAACAUCACACCCAUCGAAGCGAUCUCUCCAUAUACUCACAAGUGGACCAUCAAAGCGCGAUGCACUUCAAAAGGCGAUAUCAAGACUUGGCACAACAAGAACGGAGAGGGCAAGCUGUUCAGUGCCAACUUCCUCGAUGACUCUGGCGAGAUUCGUGCCACCAUGUUCAACGAUGCGGUCGACCAAUGGUACGAAGUCCUGCAAGAAGGCAACGUCUACUACAUUUCCAGCCCGUGCAGAGUCCAGCUCGCCAAGAAGCAGUUCUCCAACCUGAACAACGACUACGAGCUCACAUUUGAGAAGGACACACAAGUUGAGAAGGCCGAAGACAAUGACGGAGUUCCGCAAGUGCGUUAUAACUUCACCACUAUUGCCGCGCUCCAGAAUAUCGAGAAGGACUCAACUACGGACAUGAUUGGCGUUCUGCAGGACGUGGGUGAGGUCUCUGAGAUCGUCUCCAAGACUACCUCCAAGCCGUACAGCAAGCGUGAACUCACGCUCGUGGACGACACCGGCUACAGUGUCCGUCUCACCAUCUGGGGCAAGACUGCAGAGAGCUUUGACGCUCAACCGGAGUCGAUCGUAGCGUUCAAGGGUGUCAAGGUCUCUGACUUUGGUGGUCGAUCCCUUUCUCUUCUCUCAAGUGGCAGCAUGAAUGUCAACCCGGACAUCGAGGAGGCAUACAAACUCAAGGGCUGGUACGACGGCAGUGGUCGCACCGAACAGUUCGCUUCCCACGCCAACACCAUGGCCACUGCCGGCGCAACCUCUGGUGGCAAGAACGAGACCAAGACGAUCAAAUCCGUCCUCGACGAACAGCUAGGCAUGUCAGCCGAGACCGACUGGUUCAGCAUCAAGGCUACAGUCGUCUACAUCAAGUCAGAGAACUUUGCAUACCCAGCCUGCCCAAAGCUAGAUCCUCCCUGCAACAAGAAGGUCAACGAGGAUACGGAUGGCCAGUGGCGUUGUGAGAAAUGCGAGAAGAGCUAUCCCGCACCGUUGUACCGAUAUAUCAUGUCGGUAAACGUGAGCGACCACACCGGCCAGCUGUGGCUGAGCUGCUUCAACGAAGCUGCGGAGAAGAUCAUGGGCGUGCCGGCGAAUGAGAUUAUGGCCAUGAAGGAGGGCGGCGAUGAGAAGAGCGUCAACGAUGCUUUUGGCGAUGCGACUUGCAAGACUAUGAUUUGGCGGUGCAAGGCGAAGAUGGACACCUUCCAGGACCAGCAGAGGGUCCGCUAUCAAGUACAGUACGCCAAUCCCCUCGACUAUUCGCGCGAGGCGAGGAAGCUGGCAGACAUCAUCAAGCAGUACAAGCUGAGCGAUGAGAGCUUGUUUGUCUAG